UCUUGGUAGAGGAAUAUGGAACCUACAAAGAAAACUUGUGCCGAGUCGGAUUUCACUUGUGACAAUGGCCACUGCAUCCCAGCCAGGUGGAAAUGUGAUGGUGAAGAAGAGUGUCCUGAUGGGUCAGAUGAAUCAGAAGCAGCCUGCACCAAGCAAGUAUGUCCAGCUGAAAAAAUUAGCUGUGGAGACUUAAGCAACAAAUGUAUCCCAUCAUCCUGGAGAUGUGAUGGGCAGAAGGAUUGUGAAAAUGGUGUUGAUGAGGCUGGUUGCACUCCUGCCUGUUCUCCCAAUGAGUUCCAGUGCAGUAACAAGUCAUGCAUCUCCAUCAUCUUCGUGUGUGACGGUGACAAUGACUGCGGGGAUGGCAGCGAUGAAAGAAAAUGCUCCCCUCUGACCUGCAACCCCAAUGAGUUCCAGUGCAACAACAGCGUGUGCAUCCCAGAGCUGUGGGUCUGCGAUAACCAGCCGGAUUGUGAGGAUCAGUCAGAUGAAUCCAUAGAGAAGUGUGGCUACGAUGCCAAGGCCCUCAACACCUGCGCAGCUCACGAGUUCCAGUGCGGCAAUGGUGAAUGCAUCCACCUGAACUGGAAAUGCGACGGGGAUGAAGAUUGCAAGGACAAGUCUGAUGAGCAGGAUUGCCCUCUGGUGACCUGCCGGCCAGAUGAAUUCCAGUGUGGUGAUGGGACCUGUAUCCACGGAGCAAAGCAGUGCGACAAGGUGCAUGACUGUCCUGACAACAGCGAUGAGGCAGGCUGCAUCCAAGAGUCAGCAUGUGAAAGUCCCAGCAAGUUUCAGUGUAAGAGUGGAGAGUGCAUUGACGGAGGCAAAGUGUGCGAUUCACAUAGAGACUGCAGGGACUGGUCUGACGAGCCUCUGAAAGAAUGUGGUAUUAAUGAAUGCUCUAUGAACAACGGUGGCUGCUCACACAUAUGCAAAGACUUGAAGAUUGGUUAUGAAUGUGAAUGCCCGCCCGGAUACAAGCUUCUGGAUAAAAAAACGUGUGGAGACAUAGAUGAAUGUGAGAAUCCAGACGCUUGUAGCCAGAUCUGCAUUAAUUACAAGGGGGACUACAAAUGCGAGUGCUACGAGGGAUACGAGAUGGACACCCUGUCCAAGAACUGCAAGGCUGUAGGCAAGAGUCCGUACCUGAUCUUCACCAAUCGCCACGAGGUCCGUAAGAUAGACCUGGUGAAAAGGGACUACUCCCGCAUCAUUCCCAUGCUGAAGAACGUCGUGGCACUAGACGUGGAGGUGUCAACAAACAGAAUAUAUUGGUGUGAUUUGUUCUACCGAAAAAUCUACAGUGCCUACAUAGACAAAGCCAGCGACACAGCUGAGCAGGUGAUUUUGAUAGACAGCCAGCUGAACUCUCCCGAAGGACUGGCCAUAGACUGGGUUCAUAAGAAUAUCUACUGGACGGAUUCUGGAAACAAGACCAUCUCUGUGGCCACUGCAGAUGGAAGCAGGAGGAGAACACUUUUCAACAGUGACCUCAGUGAGCCAAGAGCCAUUGCUGUUGAUCCCACACGGAGGUUCAUGUACUGGUCUGACUGGGGAGACAAAGCUAAGAUCGAGAAAGCCGGCCUGAAUGGCGUGGGGCGGCAGGUGCUGGUGACUGACAACAUUGAGUGGCCAAACGGCAUCACGCUUGAUUUGCUGAAUCAGCGUCUCUACUGGGUAGACUCCAAAUUGCAUUCACUGUCCUGCAUUGAUUUCAAUGGCAGCAACAGAAAAGUUCUGAUCUCUUCUGUUGACGAUCUGAGCCAUCCUUUCGGCUUAGCAGUGUUUGAGGACAGAGUGUUCUGGACUGACCUGGAGAACGAAGCAAUCUUCAGUGCAAACAGGCUGAAUGGCUUGGACAUCUCCGUUUUGGCAGAAAAUCUCAAUAAUCCUCAUGACAUCGUGGUAUUUCAUGAAUUAAAGCAGCCCAAAGCUCCAGAUUCCUGCGAGCUCAGCCCCCAACCAAAUGGAGGCUGUGAGUAUUUGUGUCUUCCCGCGCCUCAGAUCUCUCCCCAUUCUCCCAAGUAUACAUGUGCCUGUCCUGACAAUAUGUGGCUGGGUCCUGACAUGAAAAAAUGCUACAAAGAUCUUCCAACUACUUCAGCUACUCUCCUGGUUCCUACACCCGCAGCAUCCCAUGCUGCCGCCACCACACCACCACCUGGCAGUGCCAGGAACACCACUGACACCGUCCCCAGAGCUGCACCAGAAGCUACAAUUACCACCCCAGGUUUUCAUUUACCUUCCACCACAUCCAUCCUGAUAGAUUCCGAGAUAACCACUGGAAACAGCAAUUUAUCACAGCACUAUGCAAAUAAUGACCAAGGCUUUGAUUCAACUGUGACAGCAGCUGUUAUUGGAAUUGUCAUUCCUGUCGUGGUCAUCGGCUUGCUGUGCAUGGGGGGAUACCUCAUCUGGAGAAACUGGAAACGGAAGAAUACUAAAAGCAUGAAUUUUGAUAAUCCAGUGUAUAGGAAGACAACAGAAGAGGAAGAUGAAGAUGAAAUCCACAUUGGGCGGACUGCCCAAAUUGGACAUGUCUACCCAGCACGUGUAGCGUUAAGCUUAGAAGACGAUGGGUUGCCAUGAGGAUGAAGUUGCUGCUCCAAACACCACACUGAACAAAUUUGCUUUGGGUCACAGAACCUGCUUUUUCUUUUUGAUCGUUAUUUAUGUUGCAGAAGGGUAACCACAAAGUUAUAAUGAACUGCAAACAUCCAAAGGAUGUGAGAGUUUUGUAUGUAUAAUCUUUUAUACACAUUUUAACUUGUUGCACUACCCAUUUGUGAUAGUGAAUAAGCGACAGCUGAGCUACUAACUCAAUGUACAUAACCAGCCAGGCUGAAGGUUCAGUAGCUAUUGCUUUAUUUUAAGACUAUAUUUAUAGAUAUUUUGUAAAUAUGUUGAAUAUGCUUUGUGGCUAUCCAUCAACAUAAGUAAAACAAAUUCUGUACAGGCAGUUUAGAAAUAUUUAUUAACAAAAUCUGGAUUAUAAGAUCUGUUCUGUAAAUAUAGUAGAGGGGUGAGAGUAUUUAUUUUUUGUAUGUUUGGCUUGCUGUGCAUAGAUUAUCUGUGUAUAUAUCUAUCUAGACUAGAUAGAUAUAUAGGCAUAUAAAUAUAUACAUAUAUAUAAAAAUAUAUACAUAUAUUUUAAAACUACUAGCCUACCUUUAUGAAAACUAGGGAUAAUUGAAUUUUGACAGGAUGUUUGAGAAGUUUGCUUUGAAAUCUAAAGACACUAAGAAAGAGCAAGCUGUAUGGUAAGACAGCUGCCAAGUUCCUGUUUUCCAGACUGGCUCCUAAGUGUUUUUACCUUUUCCAGCCUAUCCAGAAGGAUUCCUCUGCAGUGCUUUUAACUGAAGAGCUAUUACUUACAGCUUUUUAGUCAGGAGAAGCUCCUACAGCACCAAGGUUUUUUGUGUUGUAUUGUUGCUUUUUACAGCUUGAUACAAAAGUGAUAGAGGUUGGUUGGUUGUAAAUCUUAGUGCUUUUCCCCACUGGGAAUCUUGCAGCGCUCAAAUUAGCUUAGAAUUGGUAGAAACAAAGAUGUAGCCAUAGACUCCCAUACACCCAAAGUGAACACUCUCACCUGGUUCAUCAGGAAACAAACCCAACACGGUAACAAAAGUUAAUUCCUUUCCUCCUUGCCUUUUCUCCCUACUCAUAUUGGCUAAGAGUCCAAAUGGAAAUGGAGAUGCUCUGGAGCAGUGUCUUAAUUAAGCAUAUAUAGAAUUCUUUGAAGUGCAGCAAUUAUCAUCCAAAUUACUGCCAAAGGAACAACCGGCACCAUAGCAGAUCUCCCAUACCACAGAGCACUGGGCAAGGAGGUGAAAAAUUCACAGCCUUCUCAAUAUCUUUGGCUGGGUCACCCUGCACCUUGCAGAAAAACACUGAGGUUUUUUUCUCAUCUCAUCCUGCAACUUCCCAGAGAAUUCCAUGGGAAGUGAAUACACUUACCUACUACUGCGUAAUGGACCAAACCUGAGAGAAUCCUCCUGGUGUUCUUAUGUCAGUCCAGGCUUUUGUGUUCAAGUGAGUAGAAGAAACUCGACCUGAAGAGGUUUUGGGGGUUUUUCCUUUUGUUUUCAUUUCUUUUAGAAUAAAUGCACAGUCUAAUGUGAGCUGGAAGUUGAUUCUUGACUAAGAAAAGGAAGAAAGUGUCUAAAGACCUAGUAUGCGUUACAAACACAAUACAUACUCUCGAAAUACUUCAUGGCCUGCAUAGACAAUACAUAAUAAUCAAGCAUCCUUCUAUUCAAAUUUUAGAUUUUAAGGCAGUGAAAAAAUGAUAAGGUAUGAAGCUGUUUCUACAAAUCCAUGCACUGUGUGCAUGAAGAAAAAAACUGAGAAAAGGCUGUAUGUGAUAACACUGAAACUAACAGAUGAAUGUAAAUAUAUUUGAAAGUUCUACAGUUUUGAUACUUUUUUAAGAACACAUACACACAAACCAACCUGUAUAAACCAUGUAUAAAAGGCUGCAGUUUUUUUCAAACCAUUGUAAAUGAACUCAAUGUGCAGUGCUGAUUUCAACCUUUACAGAUUUGUAACUGCUGAGAAGUCAAACACCAAAUUUGUUUUUUUAAGAAAUUAAUUAUUUUAAAUAACGGUUCAGAUUGUUAGGAUGAUAUUUAACAUUGUAAUAAUUUCUGAUCUCUGUAUUGUCAUAUUGAAGUUCUGUUAGAGUAAGUUCUUGCUUGGUGCCUUUUGUGUUUCAGUCUUUAUGUUACAGACAAAAGGACCAGGGAGGGGCGGGGGAGGGAUCUGCUCUGUGUAACACUUGCUGUACUUACAUCAAUAAGUAUAACUGAAAACCAAAUGAACACAUUUGUAAAACAGUGCACUGUUUCUAUAGAAAGAUUAAAUUUUUUUAUCUGGGA